CUGAAGAAGCAUGGUAACAUUGUAUGACACUUUUUAGCUUAAAUGUUUUAAUAAUUGGGACAAGAAGACGCUAUGUUCGGAAGCAAUUUGCAAGGGUUUAACGGAAACUAGAAUUGACUUAAAAAUCUACAUAUUUGAAGAGCCACAUCGCACGUGUCUAGUGUAAACUUGUUUCGAAAUUUACUGGAAAUGGAGAGUGCAACCCGAGCGCAUCAUUUUAUCUUGGGUUUCCCAGAGAUAAUUUCUCGAAUUAUGGAAUUCCUGUCCACGCCAGAGUUAGAAUCGUCCUCUCUGAUCAACCCCACCUGGGAAAACGUAGCACUGAAACACCUCCUGGUCCGAAAUCCGGUCGAUAUCCAGCUCAACUCCGAUAUUAACGAUUCCACGGAGCUCAUCACCCUUGUCAACUUGUCGCCUAAAUACCUCAAAAUUUUCACUUCUGAAGACACGAAUUUUGACGUUUUACUCCCGAAACUAGCACUCUUAGAUACACUCAAUUUAAAUGCCGUAAAGAAACUUGAAAUCGAACUCAACCUCGAUAACGUGGGGUAUUAUUUGGUUAACAUUUGCGAAUCCUUAAAAAAUCUGAGAACUUUAGAAAUCAAACUUUCCUACACCAUUUAUAAGAAAAUACUUCCUGCGGAUCACCCCUGGCAAAAAAUAUUUCCCAAUGGGGACACCCAAACGGAAAAAACCUGAGAACUCUGUCCAUCCACAUGUUUCAUUCGUCUUGGAAGGAUAAAGUAUUAAGGUGCGAAACCGCGGUGUGCGUUGCUACCCGAAUUUUACACGUUUUUCGUCACCUGCAGCACCUCAAGUUAUCCGGAAUUCCCGCCUUACCCCUGCUAAAUAUUGAGGGUAUCAUUCUACCCCGAUUAGAGUCACUUUCGACAGAAACUACAAGAGGUUCACUAGCCCAUGAAAGGUUCAUGCCAUUCUUAGAAAUCAAUUCCCCGCAUAAAAUUGGUUUCGCCAAUGUGACCCGGCUCGAAUUUACGCUGCUAGGGUUCUGUGAACCAGACGAUUUCAAAGACCUCCUUAACCUCCUGGCACCCCAGCUCAGACAUUUCUGCAUCUCCAGAGUAAGAAAUGUAAGGUCGGUGUGUUCCCCUGGAACCGUAAUGGUCCCGAUGCUCCCCAAGUUAAAAGUUUUUGAAAUUUUCAGACGAGAAAGUAGAGAUCUUACAUGCAGUCUAAGUUUGAAACAAGAUAUUAUCCUAAAUUUUGAGUCUGCCCGAGACGGGGUUAAGUUAGUUUACGGGAGACAAUUUCCCGCCUUGGAGAAAUUAAUUGUGCGCGUUGUCCCGGAAGAUUAUGUGUACGAUAAGCUGGAUAAGGCUGCACACUUUGAAGCAACGGUGGUUUUCCUGUACGAAACUUUUUUGGCGACGGGUCUCGAACCUUGUGAGAUGUUGAGAAAUUUUGAUGUCUCCAUUCCGACGGUGGAUGAGGUUAACGUGGAAAGGAAAAAGAGGAAGCGGUUGUGUAGGUGUGAGUAUAGUGGGGUGGAGGUUUGCAGGUAUUGUAGUUUUAUGGAAGACAUGAGCGAUAUUUACGACAGGAUAUUCACCGUUUUUCCCAGGCUGGAGGAUCACCUGAUCGAAAGGGAGAGAAUGAAGGAGAGAUCGGCAGAUAUUAAAAUGUUUAAAGAGUUGGCCGCCAAGUUGGGGAUUUUUGAUGGGAAAGAUUUUAAUAGAAUUGUUAAAAAAUAGUAAGUAAAUGAAAUGACAAUAUAUUUAAUUAAUGUUACUAGUUGAUAAGCCUGUCCAAGGUGGGUGACCCUUUACGGUCCUGUCGGUUCAAUAUUUGCCAAGUUUCACGCUACAUAUACGGUACCAUCAGAGGUAACUACCAACCUCAAUGUUAAAUUUCAGCUUAAUCAGAUGUGUUUGAAAAUUUUCUUGUAUGAGUUACCCCAAUACCAAAUUUCAG